AUGCCUGUUACAAAUGAUGCUGUUAAAAAAAUUGAGGAAGAUUUAAACUCUCAAAAGCAGCUGGAAUUAAACGUUGAAGCAAGCCAAGCUCCUUUAAAAGAUAUACAUACAAAGGACUCCAAAGAAUAUAUACAAAGAAAGAGAAAUGAGAAGCUUAAUGAAAUUUCAACUUCACAAACUGAUUUAAAUGAAAAUUUAGAUAUCAAAACUAAAAAUGUUACUACCAAUCAAGAAAGUUCAGAAAGUAUUAAAAGUGAUAGAAAUGAUGAAAAAUCAAUAACUGAUGAAAAGUCAACAACUGAUGAAAAGUCAACAAAUGAUGAAGAUGAUUCAGAUAGUAGCGAUGAUUUUGGUAAUUUUUCAGAUGCUUCAUUUGAAGAUGAAGAAUUAGAAAAUGAGGAAAACUCUGCAUUAUCAUUCAUUGAUCAUUUAUUAAAUAUACCUGUACCCAAUUCCACUGCUGAAAAGGAUACAAGCAAUCAAUAUCACUUAAAUCAAUUGAUUCAAGAGGAUAGGCCUGCAGUCAUUUAUGAGCAAUUAGUAAGAUAUCAAUCGGUAUUACAGCCUAUUAUUUGGAAUAGAUCAGACUUGAAAUAUUCUCUAUUACAUAAACUUCGAAUUACCGAGCAUGGUAAUACGAAUCAUGGAGAUUUUGUUCCAUCUAAUAACUAUAAUAAUAGAAAUCAGCAUCAUUUUAGGCAUUUAAAUAAUAAUAUCAUCAAUACUGAUAGUUUCGAUUCAGAUCAAAUAGACAUACCACCUUUGGAUGAUAGACUAUUCACAAAAAUACUGGGGAUGGUAAAUAGUGAAUCUGCUCGUCUGCAUGCAGAUAGUCAUCCUUUAAGAGAGACAUUUAAAUUAAAAUAUGUACCAUCAUUAACACCAAUAGAGUUACAAAAUGAAAGGGCCCAUGAACAAGAAACCAAAAUUCCAUCCCUCAUUUCAAAAGAUUCUAAUGAUUUAGAAUUAUUAACUGAACAACAAUUAAGAGCUUACCAUGAUGAGCUAUGUAACGCAAUUGACACUUUAUGCAUUAAGUUACAAGAAUUAAAUGGUGAGCAAGCCGUACUAACGGCAGAUAAAUUGACUUAUGAAAAUGUUAUUACAAAUUUAUCUGGUCAUACACAAAGAUUAUAUAGGGAUGAAGUUGAAAACUAUAAUAAAAAAAGGGAAAAUCAAAAUCGAAAAAGAAAAAUAGAUUUAGUUGGGUUGGUGUAUAAUAUUUCAUACUUUUCAUGA